AUAUAAUAAAUAUAUAUUAUGUCGUUUUAGAAUUGAAUGAUGGAAAAAUGAAAAAAAAUAUCUAGUGUAAUGAUCACUUAAUGCCACUGUCGCUGUUUCUCUGGCUACGGUUACGCCUGAAUCAAGCUGUCUACACAACAUUACUUACGGUCAAAAAGAGGCAGGAGCACAGAAGAAGGUGUACUAUAUAUGACACUGAGAUGGAAAAUAUUGACAUGAGUUCCAAAGAAGAGCUGCUGGAGAGGUUCCUGGAUUAUGCUUCCAGGGGAGACCUGGGAAAGGUUUCUACAAUGAUCUCUCAGUUCAGCUCCUUAAUCAAUGAAAGUGGGGGGAAUGGCUGGACUGCACUGAUGUUUGCUGCAAGGAAUGGACAUAUUGAUGUUGUAGACACAUUACUUUCAAAUGGGUGUGACAAGUUUUUAGUCAACAAAUCUGCUCAAACUGCCUAUGACAUUGCCACAUUCUGGGGUCACAGACAUAUUGCCAGACUACUGGCAAGUGGUCAGGACAAAUGUCAACGAAUUCUACCUAGCAACGAAAUGGUAGAGCAUGAAAACUACUUCAGCAGGGAAGUGUUGAACCGAAUGAGCGAAAAGAGGCCUGACAGCAAAUGGCUCGAAGCGAAGCAGUCUUCUCCAGACACUGUGUUUAUUUUGUUCUUUAACUUGAACCCUCUUGUUGUGUCCACAUCAGAGAAGACUAAAACAGCCUAUCCAGGCAUAAAGCUGUGUAGACUUGGUCCAAGUAUGGUUAGUAAAGAACUACUACAAAAAUCCGGAACAACAGUCAUCUUUCUCGGGUUAGAGAAACAAAGAAGUUCACCUUCCUCUCUCCCGAGAGACAGGAAUGACCCCACUGCUUGGUUUGCUCUCAAUACAAAUGAUGACCCCACCGAGCAUCUUGGACCCCUCAAUCAAAACAGUUUCUUCCUCAAAAGACCCAUGCCAGGCCUUCUACAACUCAGUGAGGAUGAGGCUGGGAUCGUUGCUCAGGCCAGGUCUGUCCUCGCCUGGCACAGCAGAUAUAGCUUUUGCCCAACAUGUAGUAGUAACACUAAAGUAGAAGAAGGAGGCUACAAGAGAACCUGCUUAAACAAAGACUGCAGAAGCCAACAAGGCAUCCACAACACUUGUUACCCACGAGUUGAUCCUGUGGUGAUCAUGCUAGUCAUUCACCCAGAUGGCAACCAAUGCCUAUUGGGCCGAAAAAAGACUUUUCCUGUUGGGAUGUUUUCAUGUCUUGCUGGAUUCAUUGAGCCAGGGGAAGCCAUUGAGGAUGCAGUGAGGAGAGAGGUGGAGGAAGAGAGUGGGGUCAAAGUGGGUCCGGUUCAGUAUGUGUCCUGUCAGCCCUGGCCAAUGCCCUCUUCACUAAUGAUUGGUUGCCUGGCCGUUGCUGUGUCAACAGACAUUAAAGUUGAUGAAAAUGAAAUUGAAGAGGCUCGUUGGUUUACCCGGCAACAGGUUAUAGAUGCAAUUGUCAAGGGAAUCAAACCAGCCUUUACAAUGCCACCAAGACAAGCUAUUGCACAUCAGCUGGUAAAACAUUGGGUUGGGAUGAGCUCAAAUCUUUAAACCUAAGCUCUGGCACUUCUCAUGGACAGGAUGGAAGCAAACAAUUUAAAAAUCUUUAAAUGUAUUAGAAAAACUGAUUGUGCAGUCAAAGUGUGAUUUUGAUGUAAUCACAUUUCAGAAAUGUUUUUGAAGAUUGUUUAAUACUAUAAUAAACUGGACUUUAUUA